ACGAUUGCGCUUUAUAUUUUCCCUUUUCUUUUUCUUCGUUCUAUUUUUCUUCAUGCCGUGCGUGAAAACAAAAAUAUCAGAUCUGUUCGUCUUAAACUAUAUCCUUCGUUCAAAUUCGAACUAGAAUGGACUCUCUCCCUGAUGCACUUGUUCAGUGCAUUUUGUCACACAUUAACAUUGCUAGGGACAUUGCAGUUUGUAAUUGUGUGUCAAAGAAAUGGAAGGAGUCAAUGCCUUGUAUUAGAAGCCUUUACUUCCCUCGCAACUCCUUUGACAGCCAUUCUGGCAGUGACAAUCCUGAUGACAUAAUCAGGAGAAUGGUUUCAAGAAUUGUUUGUUUAGAGGAGCUUGUCGUGUAUAGCCCAUUCACUAGUGCAGGUCUUGCCUCAUGGCUGUCACUGCUGCAUUCAUCACUCAAACACUUGGAACUCAGAAUGGAUAAUAUUGCUCAACAACAGAUGAGUCUUGAGAACCCCUCAAAACUGGAUUGCAUCAGCACAGUGAAGAAUUUGGAGUCUGUAAAGCUCUGGGGUGUCCGAAUGACCCAAUUGCCCAAGUGGGAUGUUUUUUCAAGCCUUCACAGCCUUGAAAUAGUUGGUGCCAGAUUGGCUGAUCCUGUGUUGUCUGCAGCACUAAAGGCAUGCCCUAAUUUGACUAACUUGCUGCUCCUUAGUUGCGAAGGACUAAAAUACGUUUCGAUUGAGUUGCCCCACUUGGAGCAGUGUAAGCUGGAUUUUUAUGGAUUUGGUAACUGCAUCCUUUCUCUCAAAUGCCCCAAAAUUGGACACCUUGAGGUACAAGGUUGUAGUCGAAUUGGAGUCCUAGAGACUAGGUGCUUGAAGAACCUUAUGAUUUCUAAUAAUGCUGGUAGAGUAUACAUGGUAGACUUUGGGAAGCUUACAGCCCUUGAAUGCUUGGCCAUGAGGGGGGUCCAGUGGAGUUGGGAUGCAAUAAACAAAAUGCUUGAAUGGGCAAGUGAGGUCAAGCAUCUCUACAUGAAGGUUGAGUUCUCUGGGGAUUUUGAUGAGCUUCAACCUUUUCCAGAAGUUGACUUUGUUGAAUUUUUCAAUAACCAUCGAAAGCUACAAAAGUUUGAAAUUCAUGGAGCAAUGUUUGCUGCCCUUUGCCAGAAAAACAGCCUGAAAAAUGUGGAGUCAGGCUUUGUAAUUCCAUGUCUAGAAGAGGUUGUGGUCACAAUAAGAUCACCGUUGAAUGCUGAACAGAAGAUGAGCACUCUUGAGUCAUUGUUGAAGUAUGGGAGAAAUCUGAAGGCAAUGGUUAUAAGGAUCCUCCAGAUGAAGAACAGCCAUAGCAGCAUAGAUGAUUUCUUUGAUGAGAUUUGCAGGUUUAGAUGCAAGAACCGUAAGAUAGUUCGAAUAGAAUAAAGCUGAUUCGAGAUGUUACUCAUUCUUUUCAAUUCCUAAUUGACAGGUCUAACUCCUAAUUUUGUUGAAACUUUGAUCAUUCUUAAAUGUCUCUUUUUAUUUUUUUAGUACAUCAAAAGGUUACUAGCUUGGUUACUUGCUUGCAUUUCAGAGGUUCAUAUUAUUGAUCUUGACUUCAAGUUAAAAUUUAUAAACUAAGGGUCAUUUG